AUGCGCUUCCAGUGCAUUGUGCUGAUAGCCCUCGCGUUCUUUUACGUUGGAAUCGACACUGCGGACGCCCUGAUCCGUGCUGAACAAGCUGUCCCCUCGAAGACCACCGGUCACAAUUGUCUGUCCAGCUCAACAAACACGGGAAGGCUGCUACGUGCUGAAAUUGGGGAUGACGGUGGAGAAGAGAGAUUGCCAAACAGCGAGUGGGUGUCCAGACUGGCGCAAGCGGACCGAAAAGUACCGAAGCUGCGGAAGCUUGACAUGAAGCUGUCCCAGUGGUUAUGGAUCAGAGACGGCAAAACCCCGGAGGAAUUGUUCUAUACAUUCAGCAAUCUCUACAACACAUGGGCGAAGAUCGAGAGCAACAAGAAAACCGUCCAAUGGUUCCGGUUUGUCGAGGCGUAUCGAGCCAAGUGGGGAACAGGCCGUUUUGUCGAUCAAGAUAUCUACCGCUUGCUCUCUACAAAAGUGCGGGAGGACAAGUUGGCGAUCGUGUUUGAGACUGACGCAAAUCCCGGACGUGAAAACUCCGAGACGAUGCAGAACUCCCAGUUUAGGCUGUGGAUCUCCCGAAAAGAAACCCCGACCAGUGUUGCGGCCAUACUCCACAUGCCGGACAUCACUCCUUUGACAGCCGAGCGCGGUCCCAAAGAUGCGAUUCUGAGCGCUUUUACGACUAUGCUGAAAAAGCUGGAAGGACGCUGA